AUGGGCUCAAUAGGGGCCAAUAAUGCUGUGGCGGACCCAACUCCUCUUUUCUCGUCACGGGUGCAGAAAUGGGAGCCCGGUGCAAUCCGGAGCCUACUCCCUCUCGAAGCCCUUCCUGGCAUGAUCUCCCUCGUGGCAGGAAAACCCAGUCCCGAGACGUUCCCCAUUGCUGAGAUCGCCAUCUCACUCAAGGAUACUCCAGCCGGGACAGGUAGGAUCGUGGUUGAUGGGGACGAGCUCAACCAGGCUCUUCAAUAUGGUCUUCCUCGAGGAAAUGCCCAGCUAAUCCAGGUUUGCUCUGUCCCUUAUGGUUCGAAAGUCUUCAGAGGAGCGUCCACGGCCUCGAUGAGAACGGAGGCUGGUCGUGCUGCAUUGGCACAUGGAAGUCAGGAGCUCAUUCAUCGCGUCAUCCAGGUCUUCACUGAUCCUGGGGACCCAGUUCUUCUCGAAACGUGGGUCUCACUCCCUUUAGGCGUCGCCGGGUUCCUUCGCGCAGACGGACAGGAGCUUAUCCCGGUCUACUCUGACGCCCAGGGCCUCAAUCCGGCCAGCCUGGAGCAGGCAUUGUCGGAGUGGCCCGGAGACUCGCCGCGCCCCAAAGUCCUCUAUACAACCCCGACUGGGUCGAACCCAACCGGUCAAUCCUGCACCGAGAGCCGCAAGGCCGAGAUUCUCCGUCUGGCAAAGCGAUUCAAUUUUAUCAUCCUCGAAGACGACGCAUACUAUUAUCUCAACUACGGAGACGACAAACAGAGAGCGCGGAGCUAUCUCGCCCUCGAAAGAGACGUCAAUGGAGAGUCAGGCCGCGUCGUGCGUUUCGACUCGCUCAGCAAGAUCGUCAGUCCCGGCAUGCGUCUGGGGAUCCUCACAGCACAAGCAGCGGUUGUUGACAAGGUGGUGCGGAUCACUGAAAAUAUAAACCUUCAACCCUCCUCCACAACUCAACUUCUAGCCCUCUCUCUACUCCGCCACUGGGGUCAAGCUGGCUUCCUGAAACACUGUGCAGAAGCCGCCGAGGUCUAUCGACGUCGCCGAGACGUCUUUGUUUCUGCGGCGGAGCGGCAUCUCCAGGGUCGAGCUACAUGGGUGGUUCCAACGGCCGGCAUGUUUGUCUGGCUGGAACUUAAGUUGCCACCGGAAAUGGAUAGCUUCGAGCUUCUGAAGAGCCAGGGAAUGAAGAAUGGGGUUCUUGCUAUUCCUGGUGUUGCCUUCAUGCCUGGGAACGAGCAAACGUGCUAUAUCCGGGUGAGCUUCAGUCUAGUUCCUGAGAGAGAUAUGGAUGAGGCGUGUAGGCGGAUCGCGGGUCUAGUUGAUCGAUGUGCUUGCCAUUCCUAAGCUUAUUAUACUUUUGUUCGAUGGUUCUAAUACUAUUUUCCCGGU